AUGCCCGGCAGCUCCAGGCACAAAGGACCCGGCAGGCAGCAGAGGCCGGGAAGGAGCUUCAGCGGGGGCGGCUCGGGAGAGCUGCCGCCAGGACGAGACGCCCGCCCUGGCCGCGGGGGGUCCUGGGCCCGACUCCGUGUAGGGCGGCGGCGGCAGUGGGAGGCCGAGGCAGGCGCAGGCAGCCUGGCCGGGAAGGCCGCUCCCCUGCGGCCACGCAGCCACCCCCGGUCAGGGCCCCCGCGCCGCUCCCUUGCUCGGCUCCGCGGGCCGGGCGUGAGAGCCGGGCAGAGGCGGCGCUGGGCCGGGCCGGGGAGGGCAGCGGGGGGCGGCCGGCGCGGCGCUCAGCCUGCGAGCCGGGAGGGGCGUGGCGGGAGGCGGGAUCCCCGGGCGCUCCAGGCCCUUCCCUUCCCUGCGCCGCGAGUCCGACGGGAACCGUCUCGCGGCCGCUGCCUCUAUGGUUCGCGCCGCUCUCCUCCCUGCGCGAGGAGGACUUCCGGGUCGGGGGGCGGGCAUCCGGCGGGGCCUUCUCUUCGCCGCGCUCUCAUUGGCCAGCUCGGCGCCUCGCGCCCCCUCAGCGACGCCCCACCCUCCGCAUCACGUGCCAAGCGGGGCUUUGCCGCAGGCUCCGCGACGUCCACCGAAUCCGCCAAUCGCGGAAGAAGCCGCUCGGCGCGCCCCGCCAAUGAGGGAUGGGGCGGGGCGAGGCGUACGGAGGCCGCGGCGUCCGCCCGUUGCCUAGGCGACGGCUGGGCCGCGGUCGGGGCGGCGCGAAGUUCCGGGCGGGGUCCGAGCCCCAUGGCGCAGCGGCGGUUGGCUGAGGCCUUGCAACUCUCACGUGACCUUGUUAUUGUGGAGUGUGGCCAGGAUCAGAAAGCGUGGGCAAAGGAGGGGUCUUGCUCCUCCCGCAGCCUGACUGCCCCACAGCGAGUCCCCCUCAGCAAGGACCCCCAUGGCAUCUACAGCCUGGGCUUUACCCCUGAUGGGGGGCAGCUUGCAGCUGGCUUUGGAAAUGGAGUGGUGCAGCUGGUGGACGCAGUGGCAGGCUUGGCAGGUCCUUCCUUGUUCCCAGGGCACCACACGCACCAUGCCAUCACUGCUGUGAACUUCCAUCGGUUGAAGCCAGAGCUGCUGUUGGCUGCUGGAGCAGAUGGCACCAUCACCAUCUAUGAUUUGCCAUCUCAGUAUCCUGUGGUGUCCUUGACAGAGAAGGAGAAUGAGAUCAAUGCUCUAGAUGUCUCCCGGGAUGGCAGCGCCUUUGCUACUGCUGGCAAGGACCGGCACAUCCGUCUCUAUGACAGCCACACCAACCAGCUCUUCCAUGUCAUGGAGGCCCCCGACUUCAUGGCUGGGGACGAGUUCACGCCUCGCAGUGGCCAUUCCCGGCGGAUCUUCGCCUUGCGUUUCCACCCCACAGAGUUGCAUCUCUUUCUGACCGGGGGCUGGGACAACUCUGUCAAAGUGUGGGACAAGCGUGUGCACAAAGGGGCGCAAGGCAUGCUCAGUGGGCCCCACAUCUGCGGCCCAGGUAUUGACGUCAAGGGAAAUCAAGUCCUGACUGGUUCAUGGGUGCCCCGCAAUGCCCUCCAGAUGUGGGACUUGCGCAUGGCUCGGCUGUGGCAAAACCUGCCCUUUCCUGGGAGCCCUACACAGGGGGAAUUCCUCUACUCAGCCCAAUUCUGUGCCGGGAACAUGGUGAUGGCUGGUGGCAGUGGAACCUGUGGAGCUAGCCUUCUCCAUGCCGGCACUGGUCAGGUGGUUGGAGAGAUCCACCUACCCAACAAACCUGUUCAUGUGGUGGCAUCAGCACCUGGAGGGCAGUUGGUGGCUGUGGCUGGUGCAGGAGGAAACCUUCACUUUGCAGAGCUGAACUGAACUAAAGGCUCAAGUCAAAAUAUGCGGCAGCCCAGUUUGGGAGGUGAGGAGCAGCGGGCACAGCGGCUAGAAGCAGCCCCACACUUGCCAAAGUCUCUGUCAGUGGACUCCCCAGCUUCUUCAUGAGCCUCCACUCCUUUGUGGCUUUGCUUCUCCCUUUGGCUUUACCACGAGCCCUUCACUGGAUCUCUUCCCCCUCCUGAUUUCCUUUCUGUCCUGGGCAACUGUAUCCUCUCAACCGCCAUGGACUCCCCCUCCCUGUGCCCUUUCAGGUUGAGGUUUGGGGGGGGGGGACAGGGGCUUUGCUUUCCCUGUAUUCAUGCAAUAAAAGGCUUUCUGCCACGCAGAGAGUGGCUGUGGCGGGGUUUGUGGCUUGGGAUGGUGGCUUGUGUAGACUGGCUCCCAGCCAGGAUGGACCAUCUGAAUUUGCCUUCCUUAGAGGACUCCAGACUAAGUAUUCUUGGAUACAGUUCUCUACCACACACUUGGCACACUGUUCUCAAAUGGGGGGGGGGGCAUCCCCUGACUCUCCUGAAGUGGAGCUCUUUCCUUCCCUCCCUC